CAAAAAGAGACAGACUACAAAUGAGUGUGAUUUUAGAGGAGGUAUCUCAAGACAUACAAGCAUUUCUUUCCAGCGAAGUUUGCAGGAAAAGAGAGCCCGACAGGUGGAAAAGCAAGAAAGGUAGCAUUUCCAUAUAUUAGUGAUUCAAUUGAAGAAUGUGAAUCGUGAACACAAAGAGUUGAUUAUUAACCUUCCACCUCACAAGCGGUCCGUGCAAAGAGUUUCUUUUCCCGGACACGGAAGUUAUGCAGUCAGAAAGCGAUGAUAAUGUUAUAGAUAUUCCACAUCCAACCAAGGAAGAGGAACCUGAGAAGCGGUGUAUCUACAAGGUUCCCCAGAAACUCCGUGACGUAAAUGGUGAUGCCUACACUCCAAAGCUAAUCUCAAUAGGCCCUUUUCAUCACUACAAUGACAAUUUGCAGAAAAUGGAAGAGUUAAAAUAUAGAUAUUUCUGGGAAGCCUGGUUUCAGACGAAGAAGAGCAAGGAUGAUCUUGUAGGAUGCAUCCAAAAAAUUGGAUACCAGAAGAUCCUUUAUUGUUAUGAAGGAUACCAGAAGAUCCUUCCUCGUAAUGCAGAGGAAAAUGGCAGGAAAGAGAGAGAAUUCAUGCAAAUGAUUCUUUUGGAUUCUAUUUUUAUCAUUGAACAGUUGUGGAGGACGAAUAAAUACAAGCCAAUGAGCCCACCAGCAAUGACUACCAUUUCCCAAAAGUGUGAGUGGAAUUUAUUGGAUGCAUGUGUAAUAACUUGCCAAAAAGAAACAAAAGAAGACAACCCAGAAGAAGACUACCAAGAAAAGGAAAACCCAUGGCGAAGCCAUAAUAUUAUGCUAGACUUGAUAUUACUAGAAAAUCAGGUUCCAUUUUUUGUUCUGGAGGGUUUAUACGAGUUUGCCUACAGUGACCUUUUUGUGUACCCGCAAAAUGAAAAUAAUUCCUUUCGUAGGCAUGUCUAUGAAUACUUUUUCCAUUUCUGGGAGAGUUCCGGUUUUGUUCUGGAGUCUGAUUACGAGAAGAUAUUCUCUGGUAAGAAGAAGGAAGUCAAACAUUUUACUGAUUUCCUAAGAUAUUUUCUCCAUCCACAGAAUCCAAAACGUGGAAAAACUUUUAAACGUGUACCUUGUGCAACCAAGCUGUCUGAGGCCGGAGUGGAAUUCAAAGUCAGCAAAUCCGAGACUGGACGCCUUCUUGACAUUCAAUUUCGUAAGCGUAACUUAUUGAAAAUUUGUCCAUUUGUAAAUAUGUCAUGGUUCUUGAGUUGCUUUCCUUGCUUUCCUCGCUUCAAAUGCCUGGAGAACAUGCAGACUGUCUUGGAACUCAAAUCCUUUAUAAUAGGGGAUGCAACUGAAUGUGCUGUUCGAAACCUCAUGGCCUUAGAGCAGUGUCAUUAUCCACGGGAAGCUUACAUAUGUAAUUAUAUUAUAUUGUUGGAUAAUCUUAUCAACACUGAAGCAGAUGUGGAUCUACUUGUUGAGAAAAAAGUUAUUGUUAACUGGCUAGGCGACAAUAACGCAGUAGCAACUCUGAUCAACAAACUUCGCGAACAAAUUGUAGAAGCUAAUCAUACCUGCUACUGGGAACUCAGUAAAAACAUUCAAGAUCACUAUGACAACGUUUGGAGCAAAGUCAUGGCAUCCUUUACAACUCUAUAUUUCAAAGAUUUUUGGAGAGGGACAGCAACUAUUGCUGGAAUCAUGCUCCUGUUUUUCGCUUUCUGGAAUUUCCUUAAGCCUUUUGUCUUUCCCACUUGAACAUAUGUGUGCUUCAGUGUUGGUUGGAGACUUAGUGCUUUGCUUCUGCUUAUUUAGAUGCAUUCUGAACUUUGUAAUAAUAGCUUUAGUGUUUUGUUGUAAGUUUGUAAUGUUUCCACAUCUGUGGACUGGUGAGUCUGUAUUUUAGCAAAUAAAGCUAUAUGCUAUGUUAAUGAAUCUCGCGACAUGCUGCAUC